AUGGAAGUUGAAGUUGAGGAAGAGGAGAAUAUGGAAAUAGAAUUUGAUGAGGAGGAGUUUAUGGAAGUUGAAGUUGAUAAGGAGAAUAUGAAAUGUAUGUUGACGAGGAGAAUAUGGAAAAAGAACUUGAUGAGGAGGAGUUUAUGGAAGUGGAAUUUUAAGAAAUGGAAUACACAAUUCAGCAGCUCUGGCAGCUCAAAUUGUAAAAAGGAGGAGGAGAAUAUGGAAGUUGAAGUUGACCAGGAGGAGAAUAUGAAAGUUGAAGUUGACCAGGAGAAUAUGGAAGUGGAAUUUGACGAGGAGAAUAUGGAAAUAGAAUUUGACGAGGAGGAGAAUAUGGAAGUGGAAGUUGACGAGGAGGAUAUGGAAAUAAAAUUUGACGAGGAGAAUAUGGAAAUAUAA